UCCUCCCUGCCAAGCCGAAAACCGAUAACAACAAUCUAACCAGCACGGAGCUGUGACCCGUUAUUGAAGUAGAAGUCAGUUCUCCACCAGACGUGUAUCAUCUCGUAGGUCCACCGCAGGUUGGCUCCUAUGUUGGUCACCUGUUGCUAAACUUCUCAAAGAUGAAUCUUAUAGCAAUAGUGGCAGUGUUGGCGUGUCUGGCAAACUGCUUGCACGCUGCACCCACACCGUGCGAAACCUCAACCCUGGAGGACACCGUGUGUGAACAAACCGAAUAUGAAGCGUAUCGUGACUGCGUCGAAGAGCUAAAGGCAGCUCGCCAGAAGCGACAGACGCUACCCUGUCCACCGGUUGUCGUGGAGCCCGUGAUUCAAACGGCGAAACCAUUCGUGGCGUUCGUGCCCGUCAAACCGCUGCCCGUUCUCCAGCGACCGGUGCUGAAGAGCCUAGACCGCACGGUGAUCGUACGUCCCGACACGAACCAGAUCGACGAUGGCGGUGCAGCAGACGAUGAGGACGGCGAGAACAGUGUGCACUAUCGCGUACCGGUCAAUGUGACCACCGUUAUACGGCUCACGAACAUAGUGAACAACACCAACCACAUCCACAUGCCGACCACGCUGAACAACACCAACGUGAACAACAUCCACGUGUACACGAAUCUAACCGAGCUGGCUCCGGACGAUGGUAGCAGCGGCCCGGAACGGGAGCGCUGCUGUACGGCGGUGCGCCCCAAGAGUUGCCACACGUCGACGCAGGGAGUGCGCUGCAAGCAUCACAAGUUCCAAACCUGCGGCCCACAGUGUACGGCCGACGUGAUACACGUUCAGCAGCGCAAGCGCUGCAACCGCUUCACGGGCGAAUGUAAGGAAAAGAUCGCUUACGUCCCGCAGCCUGAAAAGCCAACCUGCGUGUACAUCGACGAGUGGCCGUACGUGGUGUGCGGCAAGCCGGCCAACAUGAGUGUGAUAUGUGCGGGCUGCUACGACCAUUACGGGCACGGGUACGAGGCGUUCAAUGGGCACGCGCGGGUACAGGACCAGUGCCGCGGCUGCUAUGACGAUGCGUUUGACGUUGGUCCACGGUAUAGGCGCGGUCCGGUGCUUCGUCCGUUCUACUACCAUCAGGCACCCUGCUUCCUCGCCGGCAACUGUCCGGAGGGGUACGGCGACUGUGGCUACGGUUGCUACGGGCAUGAUCGUAUUGAUCCGGCCUGGGGUGCAGCACCGUCGGCGGUCGAAACGUUCGAUCCCGCCCUGGAUCAAUCGAACGUGAUCUACUACGAUGGGGACGAUUUCGCGGUGUCGAACGAGGCGUCGGACGAUUGGGGCGUACCGACGGCCAAGUGUGCCGUCGUCACGGAUGGUUCAACCAUUACGGUUAAGAACUGUACGCAGGGUGUGGAUAAUCCUUACAUGGCCGCACCGGCUACCCAUCCACAGUAUGGGCAGAAGUGGCAGGAGAAGAAAGGAGAAGAAACGAACAAGCUGCCUGCCAGUGGGCCCGGUGAGGACGAGGACGAGGACCAGGACGAGGAGGACGGUUCGGGUGCUGGUGCCAUGAACAAUGAGGUGUACUUCGUGGAGGAGUACGACGAGGAGGAAAAUCUUUAAACGCCUCCUGCGUAGUGUAGUGAGCGUAAAGCCUGCAAGGAAUGUUGUUCAAAAUAGGAAGUAAAAUGCAAAUAAAAGUCACGCACGCGAGAAGAAGCUCGACCAGUUUAUUGUGCGUCCAUAGUUUAACCUA